AUGACCGCCCCGCUGCGAUCCCUGCGGUCGACCGUCCGCCUCGCCGCCGUUCCUCGCCCCUCCUCCGCCAUCGCCUCUCGCCCCAUCUUGCGCCCUCAGCCGCCCCUCGCACAAGCCGCGCAGCCUUCUUUCCGCCCCACCUACAUUCAGGCAGCACGCAGCUUCCACUCGACCCCGUCGGCUCUGCACGGCGGCAAGGGUCGGCCAAAGCCCGGCGAAGGCGUGACCCUGCACUUCAAGCGCGCAAACGGCGAGAUCACGACCGUGCAGGCCAACGUCGGUGACGACAUUGUCGACGUCUCGUGGGAGUACGACCUGGACAUCGAGGCUGCGUGCGAGAAGUCGGUCGCGUGCUCAACGUGCCAUGUCAUCUUGGAGGAGGACAUCUAUGACAAGCUCGAGGAGCCGGACGACGACGAGAAUGACAUGCUCGACCUCGCCUUUGGGCUGACCGACACGUCGCGCCUUGGGUGCCAGGUCAAGGUGACCAAGGAGAUGGACGGCACGACGAUCACGCUGCCGAGCGCGACGAGGAACUUGCGGGUGGACGGGAGCAAGCCGACGCCGCAUUGAGUACCUCGUCGCCCUGCAACUCGCACGCAUCUCUCUCCC